AUGCCUUCUGCUCCUGAUAAUCAACAACAGUCUACAGAAGACUGGUUUAGUCCGUUGCCCUUGGACGAAUACUUGAAAAUUAAUGAAUUGGCUAGACAAGAUGUGCCUAAAACUAGACCAAUUGACCCUAAUGAUAAACUAGGUGACUAUGACAUCAGAUGUGGUCCCAUUUUACGUUUAGCUGGUACCUUGGAAAACAAUACAACCAACUACAGAGGUUCAAUCAUGUUGGUGGUUAAAGAUUCCCCGCAGGGAAAUCCACCUCCAAUCACUUACAAGAUUGGACCUGCUUCUGAAUCUGUGUCCAAUGGGGAAUUUGGCACUGGCGAAUUUGCAGUAACCAAGUACUAUGAAGAAGAUGGGUAUUCCUUCUUUAGAUACACAAUUGAAUUGCAAUUGGCCAAGUACGAACAAAAAGUUGAAUACUACAUUGACAAGUUCUUCAAGAAAUCGUUUCAGUUUUUCAUCCCCAGUGUUGACGAAAGUAUGAAUGUCAUUUCGUAUUCAUGUAAUGGGUUCACUUUGAGUUGUGAUGCAUCGGAAUUCAAGUCCUCACUUUGGUAUGAUGUAUUGGCCAAGCACUCACAACAACAUUAUCAUGUGAUGUUGGGUGGUGGAGAUCAAAUCUACUCUGAUGCCAUUAAAUUACACUCGAAAAAGUUACAAGAAUGGACUCAGAUGCAUAAUCCAAUUAAGAAAAGUACUGCUCCAGUCGAUGACAAAAUCUUGGCAGAGUUUAACAACUUUUAUUUGAAUCAUUAUAUGAAUUGGUUUGGAAAGGGGUUUUGGAAAGGUACUGCAUCUCAAGUCGUUGAAGCUUUAUUUCCAUUGACAAUGUCCCAAAUCCCCCUGGUUAAUAUUUAUGAUGAUCAUGACAUUAUCGACGGAUUCGGAUCCUACCAUGACUCAACCAUGCAAGCACCAAUUUUUUCAACCGUUGGUAAUGUAGCAUACAAGUACUACAUGUUGUUUCAACAUCACAUCAACCCCGAGGAAAAAUUACACUUGAGUGAUCCUUCAUGGGUAUUGGGUAAAGAAGGUCCAUUCAUCAAACAAAAAAACCAUUCAGUGUUUAUGAGAUUGGGUAAAGAAGUAAGUCUAUUGGGGUUGGAUUGUCGUACUGAACGGAAAUUGAAACAAAUUUGCCAUCCUCAAACCUACCAGAUCAUUUUCAACAGAAUGAAUGAAACAUUGAAAGCCAAUGGCGAUGUGAAACACUUGUAUGUCAUGCUUGGAGUGCCCAUUUUUUACCCAAGAUUAGUAUGGUUAGAAUGGUUGUUGACCUCAAGAGCAAUGGCACCAUUGCGUAAAUUGGCCACCAAGGGCGUCAUCAGCAAAGGGUUGGUGAAUGAGUUCGAUGGUGAUGUCGAGGUCUUGGAUGAUUUGAAUGAUCACUGGUGUUCCAAACAUCACAAGACUGAGCGUAAUAAGUUGAUUAAAGACUUGAUGGAGUUUGGUUCUCAAAAGGGUAUCAGAAUCACCAUUUUAUCAGGGGAUGUCCAUUUAGGUUGUAUUGGUAGAAUGAAGUCCAAAUACCAUCAUCACCCCAAUGCUCAUAUUUUGAAAGGAGCAAAAGAAGUUGAAGAUUUGAAUAAAGAUUUGACUGCUCACCCUGAAAAUGACCCAAGAUUGAUUUUCAAUGUCAUUUCAUCAGCCAUUGUCAAUGCACCACCACCUGACGCGAUGGCAACCUUGUUGAACAAUCGUAGUGGAAUUCAUCAUUUCAACCAAGAUACCGAUGAGGAUAUUGUGCCCAUUUUCCUCAAGGAUGCUGAUGGGAAAGACAGAGCCAAUCACCAGUUUUUGAACAAGAGAAACUGGUCGGAUUUGGUUUUGGCCAAACAAUCAGUAAAGUAUAAAUCAUUAAUAGGCGGGUCUGCUACUGAAGGUGAGGAAGAGGAAGAGGAUGCUGCUGCUGCUGCUUCUGCCGACGCUGCAACUACCAAAGAUGAAUCACAAGUUGCCAAUGGCAAACAUGCUGUUUCUGACUCCUCUAACUCCUCCUCAGUGUUGAGAAAAUACCCACAACCAGCAUUUGACAAUGAGCAUGACACUGAACAAGGUGAUUUCUUGCACGAUCAAGAACCAAAUGACAGGUUUAUCAAGUAUCCGUUGUUUGGAGACUCAAUUGUCACUUCACUUCGAGUUGAAAAAGACCAUGGUGAUUUGGCAAGUAAGUCGACUGCGUAUGAGGUGUUUAUCCCUCCUUUGAUUGGUAGUUAUAAAUUGGGCAGAGCCACAGUUAAGCAUGUUGAUGUAUGA